AAAGCCUGUCAUAGGCACCACUAAAACCGCGCAGUGUUAGUGACUCAACCUCCUCCAUUGGCACUUACCCCUUUUUAUCAACUUGUUUCUUUCAUUCUAUCCGCCUCCGCAUCGACUUCAAGACCGAAUCUAGUCACUUACGCUGAAGGCCAGACAUACACUUUCAUCCAAACCAACCAUCAGUGCCCACAAAACAACACCACACACCUAGUAGAGAAGAAUCUAUCGAGCUGGACCAAACACAAUGAAAAUACUACUUCCCGCCUUGGCUACCUUAUUCCAUGUUCACGCCUUCCCCCACUCACAGAAGCAAAUAUUCGCGUCAAACACCACCUGGCAGAUAUCUCUAUAUCAAAACCGGCAAUGCACCGGCGAAGAAACAUCUUUCUCUGGAAACGGAACAUUGUCCUGCCACGAUUCAAUCCUCAACGGCGGUUCCUUGGGCUACAUAACAACGACAAUGGCAAAUGGCUUGAAUUGUUCCGUGCGGGUGUUCAAAGAUAUAACAUGCAGUCAGACCAUUGAUGUUACGGGCUCAGGGAUCUGUCAGACUCCGGUUCUGCAGGAGGACGUGCUGAUUCGGGGGAUUUCUAUUUCCUGUUAGCGUUGACACAUCUUGACUGGGUCAAGGCUUGAGGGUCUUGUCAAUAU